UGAGUAUUUGCUUAAGGUUGGGAGGCUGUCUGUAAGCGAGGACUGGUCUGUCUCCCAAGAUUCCCAAAGAACAUCUGACCCCUGAGGUCGGGUACAUGGCCAUGUGACACCUGCACAUACCUCCUUAGCAUCGGGCUCCACUGUCAUGCCCCUGGGUCCAUCAGACACCAGCAUUUCUGCAUGUUGUGGUUUCACACCUGAUUCUUGGGGAGGAGCCAGUACUUCCUCUAUAGGCUUGUGGAGACCAGCCGGAAUCCACAGGCUUCUCUUCUUAUUCUCCAAUCCUCUGUUAGAAACCAAACCCGACACAGGCAUCAGAAGAUGGAGGAUGAUGAUGGUUACGCUAUCAUGACCCGGACGAAGAGGAUAAACUCAACCCAGCCAUCUCAGCACGGGAGCCAAGGUUCUCCUCCCGGUCUCGACAGUUAUAAAGUUGCUGUGGGAAUCUUAGGGGCUGUGUGUGUCCUUUUGGUGUUGGCUGUGAUUGCUCAGAGUGUCUGGGGUUUCCAGGCCGGACAGGCCAGUUGCAGCGCACAAUUCGACGUCUGGCAGGCGGCCUUCGUGUCUCGUCUCAAGCAGAGUCUGUGUGACCCAGCCAGGAACGGCCCAGCAGGGGGCACCGGGUGCAAACUCUGCCCCAAGGACUGGCAGACGCACAACGGAAAGUGCUACUGGGAUUCUAAAAGGAGUCAGAUGUGGAACGAGAGCCAGAAAGACUGUGAAUCGAGGAAUUCACAAAUGCUUGUGAUCCGGGACCAAGAGGACAUGGAUUUCAUAAACAUGAUCACAGAAGGCACAAGCCACGUCUGGAUCGGCCUGAACAUCACGUCCCACACUGGGAACUGGACCUGGGUGGACGGCUCCCCUUUAAAUCAAACGCUGUUCCGGGUCUCAGGCCCUGUUGCCUCCAACAGCUGUGGGGUGGUAAAGGGGAACCGGAUCAACUCGGAAACCUGCAGCGCCGAAUUCAAGUGGAUUUGCCAGAAAGACGCUGUCGUGGUGUGAGGCAAAUGAGAACGUCAGUGCCCAGGAGAGCGCUCCUGCCCCAUGAGGAUGAAUUCGAAGGGCUUUAUAUAGAGACGCUGCCCUCUUUCUCUAAGCUGAUGCGGAGCAACAGUUGGCAAAAUAAGGGAAUUUGAGUCCUUGAUCUAGUCCCUUUGUUCCUUAGCACUGCUGGGAGCAGAGUACAAGAGGGGUGGGGGGAUCAAUGUUAGCCCACUGGGUAGAGAGGAAAGCAGGAAAGUUGUAUUCUAUUCCUGACUUGGCCACAUGUGACCUGGAGCAAAUCCCUGUCUUGUGCCGUGCUUCAGUUUCCCCACCUAUAAAAUGGGGUAAUGACAUUGAAUUCUGUGACAUGCUUUGAGAGGUACGGGGGCAAAAUGAUUAGCUGGGAGUCCCGAGCUCGUACGCUUUAGGACGAGCAAGUGACGGCGGACGUACUGGGUGUGUCUACACGGCAUCUGGGAGCAAGCGGCCCAGAAGAGUGUCCACGGAUUCGUGCUAAAAAUAGCUCUGUAGAUGUUGCAGCUGGGGCUGGCGCUGCAGCAAAGAUACGGCUGUUUUUAGCAUGUUUGUCUGCGCACCCGGGCUGGGAGGCUCGCUCCCCGCUGCACUGUGGAGAUACCCUCAGGAAGCCCCCUCACCCCGACCCCACUUCCUGGCAGGAGCGCUGAGGGGAGUGAAGGGCACUGCAGGCAGAAGGGGUGGGGAGGGGCCCCAACAGCCCCACUAAUCCCUAAUUUGCCUCUAAAAACAACAAGGAGUCUGGUGGCACCUUAAAGACUAACAGAUU